AUGGACGUCCCACGUGCGGCAGGGGCACAGCAAUCUCUUCUGCCCAAGGGAGCAAAGAAAGGCCAGCGAGCAGACAAAGGAUUCCUCUCGUUCGAAGAGGGCGCUGCUGGGACCUCCCUGGCGCUGCUGGUGUCUGGUGCAGUUGGGACGGGUGUGCUGGCGCUUCCCUACGGAGUCAGUUGUGUUGGCAUUGGCUUGUCGUUGACGCUUUUCGCGCUGGCAGGUGUGGCGACCUAUGCAUCGAACACCAUUUUGUUUGACUGCGUGAAGGAAACAGGACAUGGUUCUUACGGCCAGUUAAUGUUGGACAUCCUUGGCAAGUCUGGGGCAAUGGUCCUCGACAUGUUUGUGUUCAUCGAGGGGUUGGGAGCAGUGGCAACCUACAUUGUCUUCAUCAUGGACUACGUCCCCCAGGUAUGCGCAUUGUGGGGUGAUGACCACUGGUGCACAGACAAGCUGAAUGUUGCAUGGGCCACGGCGCUAGUGGUGUGGCCCCUGAGUUGCCUCCGCGGUCUCUCAGCGCUCAGGUACACAUCAACAUGCAGCAUCGCAACCAUUCUGUUGACCUCGGUCGUCGUGAUCAUCAAGGCUCCAAUCCAUUUCCACGCGAAGGGCGAUUCUUUGCAACAUGUGCUCGGGGAAGUGCAUUGGAACAUGAGCGGCUUCCAGGUGCUGUCGAUGGCAUGUUUCGCCUUCAUGACGCACACGAACUCGCCAGAGAUCGCGUUGCGCUUUGUGGGUGGCCCAAAACUGGCACGUAAGGUGCUGACUAUUCAAACGUGCCUUUUGUGGGCCGUCUACUGUGCCAUUGCUGUGUGUGGGUACCUGUCGUUCCUCGGUGACAUCAAGCAGGAUUUUCUCACAAAUUACGAGCUUCGCGAUACGCUGAUCGUGUUAUGUCGAUGCCUGCUCUCUUCCACGCUGGU